UGCACAUGCGCAGUUCCGAAACUGGCACCAACGAAGUAUAAGUCUCAAGUUGAUUUUCUCUCGCUGUGAUCCUCUCCGGUCAGAUGGCCCGCACUAAAUCCCACCUUCGGUCCCGUGUUUGCAUUUGCCACAUCCACUGGGUGCCUGCGAGUUGGAACUUGGAAGGGGAGUGGCUGUCCGCUUCCGUAAGCCAAGGGAAAGAACCGGUUCUGCCUGGUUCUGCCCAUGAUCCUGACCCACGUCAUCCGGCUAAGCACAUGCAAUUGGCCCCGCGUUUUGCCCGCAAGCUCGUGAAUGUCCAUACGAUCGGCGCCUUCGAAUUUCUCGCCACUCCUCCCGUGACCCCACGCAACGCCGACUCGGUACCGGCUGCCGGUGGAGGACCCAUCUGAGGACCGGGGGCCGUCUCCUAUAUACUGCUCACGUCCGCACGGGUGCCCGAGUUUCCGAACGCCGCCGCGAGUGAGCAGGCUGCACGCAGGCAGAGGGAGCGAUCGACACGGAGUUUGGCUUUCGAUCAGCGAUGGACUCUCCGGGGAUACCUCCAUUGCUCACGCCGCAGCAGGCCGAGCAGCUUCUGCUGCUCAUCAACGACGCGCAGUUAACGAAUUACCUGGCUGUCGCUGCUUUCGUCUUGUUAAUCAUCGAGCAUAUUGCUACCUUUCGAGAAGAAUGCGACUUCGUCUGGCGGGCGCCCUGCAAUCUGUCGAUCCGCUAUUUCAGCCUCGUCGCUGUAACGGUUGAAAUGUACACACUGCUCGCUGUACACACCAAGGAUAAAACGUAAGCGGCGCGUGGUAUGGGUUCUUUGUCUGAUGGGCGUUGGAAUCAGAUGCCAGGCUCUCUUGUAUGCUCAAUUCGCAGGCUCCUCGGUGAUUGUGGUUACGUCGGAUUGCAUCCUAGCUUUACGGGUGUGGAUUCUGUAUCGCCGAUCCCGGACCUUGCUAUAUUUCUUUUCAUUUCUGAUGCUCGCGGAAACCACUGUCUUUAUCUACACGGGAUAUCACACAGUCGAGCCACUAACAGAAUUCAUCCACCUUGGACCUCUACUACCUGGAUGUUACUCGCCAGCCAACCACCGGAUCCUGACAUACUACGCAUUGCCUGAGCUAGUUCUGUCGAUUAUGAUGUUCGCGAUGACGCUGUACAAGUGCCGCGCUUCGUCACUCACCCUGAGGGAUGUGGGCAUCGGGCGCACGCCGAUCGUCGCCAUCUUCUUGCGCGACGGGCUGUUCUGGUUUCUUGCCGUAUUGGCUCUUGCGGUCACGAAGCUGAUUCUGUGGCAUGGCGGACGGCCGACGCUGGUAGAAGCUCCUAUCGUGCCCGCCACCGCACUGGUCUCUGUGAUUGGCGCUCGCGUGUUGCUGAACAUCAAGAGCCUGGCUGCUCCGCUCAACCACCGCAGCCUGUACAGCACCUCCUCGGCUUCGGCUCCUGCCGACAGCGCAGCAAGAGUGACGUUCUCAGGGGGACCGCGGUCGCAGAUCCGAACGCACGGGACUUGGCGCGAUGUUGCCGAGGAGGAUAGCAGUCACCCGUGGGUCGUUAACAAGAGCUGGAAGUGAUGGGCGCAGCACGCUGCACCCCAUCCGUGGCUGUAUUUUUGAACUGGAUACCCGCGCCUUAUGUAAUGAAUCUAUUUCUCCGAAAAUACUCCGGU